CAAGAGUUAAAUAAGUGGUGAUUUAGGUAUCGACCUAAUAUGAGCUGUUAUGCCUUUUCCACAUUAAGCUAUGGUGGAGUAUUGCCAAAGAGGUUCCCUCAACAUGACCUCACGGAGCUAGAUUUCCGACGGCUAUUGGACAUUAAGUCUUUUUCCAGAUAAAUAUCCCGAUUUUGCCAGCCCCUGACUCCACCCAAUUAGGCUCUGUACCAUAAACAUGGCCUUACCUGCGGCAACCUCUAUAUAUCACCUAUAUGAUGUUAUGCAAGAUCCCGCCAGGGCGGGUCGCCACACGAUUCAAUCCAUCUCAAUGAUAAUGCCCAGAGAUUUCACGAAUAUGGAAGCAGAUUAGUACCUCCGGUGGGACAUAUUGAGGGGAUAAGAUCGGCGGCCUUACAUUCCGGCUGGUGAAUAACAAGAUACCGCCGUGGAAUCUUUAAAAGCCGACCGGUUUCCGGAUUGCGUGUUCCUCCUCCUCAUAUUCUUCUUCUUCCUCAUCUUCAACCUCAUACGAUAUACUAUACUUAAUAUUCAAGCAUAUAUAAUAAGUACCUUAGGUACCUAAGAUAUAUCAGAGACAGCAUGCAGCUCACGACGAUCUUGGGACUCGCGGUCCCCAUGCUAGCGCACCUGGCGUCGGGGCAGGGGGCGUCGGGGUCGGGGCAGACGACGCGGUACUGGGACUGCUGCAAGCCGAGCUGCGGGUGGUCGCAGAAGACGGACAGCGGGAAGCUGGUGGGGACGUGCAGCAAGGGGGACCAGCCGCUCAACGACAACGGCGCCACGAAGAGCGCCUGCGACAACGGCGGCUCCGCUUACAUGUGCAGCAACCAGAGCCCCUGGGCCGUCAACGACACCCUCAGCUACGGAUGGGCCGCCGUCCGCAUCCAGGGCCAGACCGAGACCACCUGGUGCUGCGCCUGCUAUGAGUUGACGUUUACCAGCGGCCCCGUCAGCGGGAAGAAGAUGAUCGUGCAGGCUAGUAACACGGGCGGCGAUUUGGGUCAGAACCAUUUUGAUCUCGCGAUCCCCGGCGGCGGCGUCGGACAAUUCAACGCCUGCACGGACCAGUACGGCGCGCCGGCCAACGGGUGGGGCGAGCGGUACGGCGGGGUGUCGUCGCGGGCCGCGUGCGACGGGUUCCCGGAGGCGCUCAAGGCCGGCUGCUACUGGCGCUUCGACUGGUUCGGCGGCGCGGACAAUCCCGGCGUCACCUUCCAGCAGGUCACGUGCCCGGCGGCCCUCGUCGACAAGAGCGGAUGCUCGCGGAACAGGUAGACUUUUUUUUUACGUCGGGAAUGAAAAUGGUUAGUUACUUGUGUGGGUAGGUACUUAUGGUAUCUAACCUAGCUAGUAGAGGAUGGAAAGGUGAAAAGGGAAGGUGAUGGUGAAGGGG